AUGAGCUCCCCACCUCCUGCCAAGAAGACCCGCGUCAACGGCACUGCGUCCAGCUCUGCGCGCGACGUUUGCAUCGUCGGCGUCGCCCGCACGCCCUGCGGCUCCUUGCAGGGCAAACUGUCUACGCUCAAGGCCUCAGACCUCGCCGGUGUCGCCAUCAAAGAGGCAAUUGACCGCGCUGGAGUUCAACCAAACGACGUGGAGGAGCUUAUCUUCGGUCAUGUCAUCUCCGCCGGAGCAGGUCAGGCCCCCGGCAAGCAAGCUGCAGUGAGCGCAGGCCUCCCGCAGUCCGUCGUCUGCUCCUCGGUCAAUAAAGUCUGCGCCUCCGGGAUGAAGACGGUGAUGCUAGGAGCGCAGUCCAUUAUGUUGGGCCUGCGAGACGUGGUGGUGGUUGGUGGCAUGGAGAGCAUGAGCCAAGCCCCUCAUCUGUCCAAGAAAGCCAGGAGUGGCGCGAGAUACGGAGAUCUCGUCUUCUCCGACGCUCUACAGACCGACGGACUGUUUGAUGCCUUUGAGAACAUUCCGAUGGGGGAUAUAGCUGAGGAAUGUGCUCGUAAGCACGACAUUUCGAGAGAAGCUCAAGAUGCCUAUGCAGCCGAGAGCUACCGACGUGCUCUGGAGGCGACAAAGAGCGGGAAAUUCAAACGCGAAGUCGUCGAAGUCCAAGUCCCUUCUGCAAAACGUGGCGCUGCACCCCAGACAGUGACAGAAGACGAAGAGGUUGUUUUGAGACCAGUAGAUGUGGCGUCACUGAGUAAAUUGCGACCCUGCUUUAAGCCGAGUGGCAGCUAUGGACCAUCGGUGACUGCCGGCAAUGCGUCUCCCAUCAGUGACGGCGCUGCCGCUCUUGUCCUUAUGAGUCGCGAGAAAGCUAACGCCUUGGGACUCAACUCCAAGAUCCAGGCAAUUGUGCGGGGCUUUGGCGAUGCUGAACAGGAGCCACGGUCGUUUACUACCUCACCAGCUUUGGCUAUCCCAAAGGCACUUAUUAACGCUGGUGUGGAGCAAGAAGCUGUCGAUUUUUUCGAGAUUAACGAAGCUUUUUCGGUCGUUGCAUGUGCCAACACGAAGCUCUUGAAACUGGAUCCAGCCAAGGUCAACGUGUAUGGAGGUGCUGUGGCUAUUGGACAUCCGCUGGGCUGCUCCGGGGCUCGCAUCAUCGUGACGCUGUGCUCCGUGCUGCAUCAGGAAGGCGGUCGUAUUGGUUGCGCUGCUGUAUGCAACGGCGGCGGUGGUGCCUCAGCAUUAGUCAUCGAGAAAGCGUAA